AUGGCUGAAACUAUCACCGUACAAAAUGUUGAGUCAGAGAAUGAGGCAUACGAUGAAGACUAUGAACAACUUAGUAAAGAAUGUAAGGAACUACUACUUUCACUUCCCAAAAGAAAAGAAUGGGUCACCCCAAAUGUUUAUCUUUACCGAGACAUUUGGUAUGCACCGGCUGCUAUUCAAGCGAUAUGCUCUUUUCAAAGGCACUUCCAAGCAAAAGACAGUGAAAUUGUUAUUGCCACCUUACCAAAAUCUGGUAUUACUUGGUUGGAGGCACUUACAUUUGCUAUUGUGAAUCGUAAACAUUUCUUUCCUUGGCAAAGUAACCAUCCUUUGCUUAGUUCCGAUGCACAUGAGCUUGUUCCUUUCCUUGAGUUCCAUCACUAUGCAAAUAACCAAAUUCCUGGUCUCUCCAUGAUUCCCGAACCAAGGAGAGCAAGCAAAGACACACCAGACAGGGUUCUGUUUUUAAAGUAUGAGGAUUUGCAAGCUGAUAUCAAUUACUACUUGAAAAGAAUUGCUGAGUUCUUAGAAUGUCCAUUAAACUUAGAGGAGGAAAGUAAUGGCACUAUUAGAAACAUAAUUGAGCUUUGUAGCUUUGAGAAGAUGAAGGAAUUGGAGGUAAAUAAGACUGAUCUUUUGAAGUUUGGAUAUACUUCAAAAGUUGAUUGUCCAUGA